UGGGCGCGGUGCGAGGAAGCCGGACAGUGAGGGGUUAUCGGGAGCCGCUCCCGCGAUGGACAGCAGGAUCCCCUAUGACGAUUACCCUGUCGUCUUCCUGCCGGCCUAUGAGAACCCGCCGGCCUGGAUCCCUCCCCACGAGAGAAUUGGCCACCCUGACUACAAUAAUGAGUUGACCCAGUACCUGCCUCGCACUAUUGUGCUGAAGAAGCCUCCUGGGGCUCAGCUGGGCUUCAACAUUCGAGGAGGAAAGGCCUCCCAGCUGGGGAUCUUCAUCUCCAAGGUGAUCCCUGACUCAGAUGCACACAGAGCAGGGCUACAGGAGGGAGACCAAGUCCUGGCAGUUAAUGAUGUAGAUUUCCAGGACAUUGAGCACAGCAAGGCUGUCGAGAUCCUCAAGACUGCCCGUGAGAUCAUCAUGCGAGUGCGUUACUUCCCCUACAAUUACCAGAGGCAGAAGGAGAGAACUGUUCACUGUCCCUGAUGAGGUCCUCCCUAGUAAUGGCUGCUCUGCCCUGCAAUUCAUUGGGUCACAGCAGGAAGACUGCUCUCCGCAGCAUUGGGGAGAU